AUGUCUGACUUUGGCGACGACGAUGGAGAGGCCUUCAACGACGGCUUUGAAAACACAUACGACGACUUUGACGAAGACGCCGCCGACUUCUCCGGCAACGAAGACGACAACCUCGACGACGACGCCCGCGUGAACGGCACCGACGCGGAUGGUUCAGCAUCUAAACAACCCACCGCCACAACCAACGGCGCCGGCAUCGACGACGACCUCGACGGCGCAAACAUCGUCGCCAUCAACCAGCAAAACCAAAGCCAGCGCAAAAAGACCAACCGCGAGCUCGCGAUCCCGAAGGACAAACGCACGACGACGCCGUACAUGACCAAGUACGAGCGGGCGCGGAUAUUAGGCACGCGUGCGUUGCAGAUUAGUAUGAAUGCGCCGGUGCUGGUCGACCUUGAGGGCGAGACCGAUCCGUUGCAGAUCGCGAUGAAGGAGUUGGCGCAGAAGAAGAUCCCGUUGAUUGUCAGACGGUAUCUGCCGGAUGGAAGUUAUGAGGAUUGGGGGAGCGAUGAGCUGAUUGUUGAGAAUUAG